UCCUUCUUCCAUGAUGAUAGUAGCUGUCUACUGCCCGGUGAUAGCAGCUCUCUUUAUCGUUUUGAAGAUGGUGAAUUACCGUUUGCACAGGGCACUGGAUGAGGGAGAAAUUGUGGAGAGGAAUGCCAAUGAGCAUAUGGACAGAGGUGCAAAAACAGAACAAAGCAGUGUUUCAGCUAAGAGAAAAGACAGCAAUGGGCCCAGUGAUCCUGGUGGAGGGAUUGAGAUGUCAGAGUUCAUAAGAGAAGCAACUCCCCCUGUUGGCUGUAGUUCACGCAAUUCUUAUGCUGGAAUAGAUCCAAACAACCAGGUUGGGUCUGGGUUAUCUCGUCUGGGAACAGCAGCAACCAUCAAAGGAGAUACUGACACUGCAAAGACCUCAGAUGAUAUCAGUUUAAGUUUUGGCCAGAGUUCUAGCCUAUGUAAAGAAGGGAGUGAAGAACAAGAUUUGGCAGCUGAUCAGAAGCUUUUUCGUUUGGUGUCCAAUGACUCAUUUGUCUCCAUCCAACCCUCGUUAUCCUCUGGACAGGAUUUGCCAAGAGACAGCAGUGACAAAGUGUGCCUCUCGAACAACCAGCUUGUGGACCAGUCUAAGCCUAGUGCGUGUGACACAGAAGUAGCUUCACUUGUAACUUUGCAUUCUCACUCCUAUAGAAAGGAUCACAGACCACGAGGUGUACCAAGGACUUCUAGCUCUGCUGUUGCUUUUCCAGAUACUUCGCUAAAUGACUUCCCUCUGUAUCAGCAAAGACGAGGGCUAGAUCCUGUCAGUGAGUUAGAAGCUUCCAAGCCCCCUGCUGGAUCCAAAGAGUCCUUAGCUGAGAACUCUUGCAUUUCAGGAGUUUUUCAACUAGAUGAUAUUCUGAAAAGUAGCAGCCCCCAACCAUUGGCCAAGAGUGGGAAGAGCAAAUCCUUGAAAGCAGACAAAAGUGUGGACAGUCUGAGAAGCCUGAGUACUCGAAGUAGUGGCUCAACAGAAAGCUAUUGCAGUGGGACUGAUCGUGACACUAACAGUACCAUCAGCAGCUAUAAAAGUGAACACACUAGCUCAACACAUAUAGAGAGUGUGCUGUCAGAGCACGAGGAAGAGUCUCCUAGAGAAGAAGAAAACGACAGCAAGAAAAAGAGCUGUGGUGUUGACUCGGAGGAUGACAGUAGUUGUACUACUGACAAAAGGACUAGUAGCGAAAGGACUGCUGUUGAAGUGAGCACAAACAGUGGUGUUCAAGAGACAAAGGGUUCUAAUACAUCUGAUGAGAUGCAGAGUCAGAAAGGUCUUAGUGCUUCUGCCUCUGAAGAGGCCAAUAAGAACCCACAUGCCAAUGAAUUGACUACGCAAGCUGACAGGCCACCUGGGAAGGCUGCUGAACAGAGAGAUGAGCAGAGUGAGAAACUAGCUGUGUUAGUGGAUUCAAGAACUUCUAAAGAAACAGGUGGAAAACAAAAAGAAGGAGAUGUUAGACCAAAGUCUUCUAGCUUAAUACAUCGAACAGCCUCUGCUCACAAGUCCAGUCGGAGACGGACAGGAAAAAAGCGGGCUAGUAGUUUUGACUCAAGUCGGCACAGGGAAUAUGUUUCCUUCCGAGGCGUAUCUGGUACUAAACCUCACAGUGCUGUGUUUUGUCAUGAUGAGGACUCCAGUGAUCAAAGUGACUUGAGCAGGACAUCAAGUAUGCAGUCAGCUCACCAGUUCAGCAGUGAUAGCUCUUCCAGCACCACCUCCCAUUCAUGCCAAUCACCUGAGGGGAAGUACAGUGCUCUAAAGACCAAAUACAUUACUAAAGAACGUGGGGGCACAGAUGCUGAAAAUGCUCACAAAACCCACUUAGGCUCUGAAGGAAUUAGCAAAAAACGAUCUACACGUCGGACUUCUAGCACAAACAGUGCCAAGAAUCGUGCCAGAGUAUUAAGCCUGGACAGUGGUACUGUGGCUUGCUUAAAUGACCCAAAUAGCUUAAUGGCACCAGGUAACAUAAAACAAUUAACCACUUCAAAAUCUGAUUUGGAGGCCAAAGAGGGAGAGGUGUUAGAUGAGCUAUCUCUGUUGGGAAGGGCUUCACACUUAGAGUCAGUCACUCGUUCUAGGAAUAGCUUACCAAGCCAGGCUACGUUUCCUGAAGGAGAAGAGCAAGAAUCAGCAAGUGGAGCACAAGCCAGCGAGGAGACUGUCACAUUUCGCCGUGAACGCAGCACAUUUAGGCGUCAGGCAGUGCGACGCCGGCACAAUGCAGGGAGUAACCCUACCCCUCCUACAUUGCUCAUCGGAUCACCCCUCAGCCUUCAAGAUGGUCAGCAAGGCCAGCAGCCCUCCUCCCAGGCCACAGUGCAGUCCCGCCCCCCCUCCCAGGCAGCUGGGCUCAGCGCUAGCGCCUCCUUGCUGGUGAGAAAUGGGAGUGUCCACUUAGAAGCCUCACAUGCCACUGCAUCUGCUGUAGGCGGUAGCAGUUUGCACGAUGAACUUGGUAAGUUCAGUUCUACGCUCUACGAGACAGGGGGCUGCGACAUGUCACUUGUGAACUUUGAGCCAGCUGCAAGAAGAGCAUCCAACAUCUGUGACACGGACUCUCAUGUAUCGAGUUCUACCUCAGUUCGCUUUUACCCACACGACCUACUUUCUCUUCCCCAGAUCAGAUUGAACAGGCUGCUAACCAUAGAUACAGAUCUGCUGGAGCAGCAAGACAUUGACCUGAGCCCUGACCUUCAGGACCACAUGCAACCUCAAGAGGAAGCAGCUCAAAAAGUCAAACAGUACUAUCGCUUUUGGAUCCUGCCUAAGCUUUGGAUUAGCAUCAAUUUUGAUAGAUUAACUCUUCUGGCUUUAUUUGAUAGGAAUCGUGAGAUCCUUGAAAAUGUGUUAGCUGUCAUCCUAGCUAUUCUAGUUGCGUUUCUGGGCUCUGUACUUCUUAUAGAGGGCUUUUUCAAGGAUAUUUGGGUCUUCCAGUUCUGCCUGGUAAUAGCCAGUUGUCAAUACUCACUGUUGAAGAGUGUUCAACCAGAUUCUUCUUCCCCUCGACAUGGUCAUAAUCGUAUCAUAGCCUAUAGUAGGCCUGUAUAUUUCUGUUUAUGUUGUGGUCUUAUUUGGCUGUUGGAUUAUGGCAGCAGAAACAUAUCUACAACAAGAUUCAGGUUGUAUGGAAUGGCUUUCACCAACCCAUUGCUGCUGCUGUCAGCCAGGGACUUAGUUAUAGUGUUUACGCUAUGUUUCCCCAUAGUAUUCUUCAUUGGUCUCCUGCCUCAGGUGAAUACGUUUGUGAUGUAUCUCUGUGAACAGUUGGAUAUUCAUGUCUUUGGUGGCAAUGCUACCACAAGCCUGCUUGCAGCACUUUACAGUUUUAUCUGUAGUAUUGUGGCAGUAGCAUUGUUGUAUGGACUGUGUUAUGGUGCCCUGAAGGAUUCUUGGGAUGGGCAGCAUAUUCCAGUUCUCUUCUCCAUAUUUUGUGGUUUGUUAGUGGCAGUAUCAUAUCAUCUCAGCAGACAAAGCAGUGACCCUUCUGUACUUUUCUCUUUAGUGCAAUCCAAAUUUUUUCCUAAUUCUGAAGACAAAAACCCUGAGGAUCCUCUGUCUGAAGUGAAAGAUCCUUUACCUGAAAAGCUUAGAAAUUCUGUGAGUGAACGGUUGCAAUCGGACCUGAUUGUGUGUAUUGUCAUUGGUGUACUCUAUUUCGCAAUUCACGUCAGUACAGUAUUUACAGUUCUACAGCCUAUUUUAAGUUAUGUUCUCUAUGCAUUGGUGGGUACAGUAGGCUUUGUGACCCAUUAUGUUCUGCCUCAACUCCGAAAGCAACUUCCUUGGCAUUGUUUUUCUCAUCCGCUGCUGAAAACCAAGGAAUACUAUCAGUUUGAAGUCCGAAAUGCUGCACAUGUUAUGUGGUUUGAGAAACUUCAUAUUUGGCUCCUUUUUGUAGAGAAGAAUGUUAUCUACCCACUGAUAGUCCUCAAUGAGCUUAGUAGCAGCGCUAAGAAUAUUGCUAGUCCAAAGAAACUGGAUACAGAGUUGGGUGCUUUAAUGAUCACAAUAGCUGGCUUGAAGUUACUCCGUUCAUCGUUCAGUAGCCCAACGUGCCAGUAUGUCACUGUUAUUUUCACAGUGCUUUUCUUUACUUUUGAUUACAAAAGUUUUACUGAGACCAUGCUGCUAGAUCUCUUCUUCAUGUCCAUACUCUUCAGCAAGCUUUGGGAACUCUUUUAUAAAUUGAGAUUUGUAUAUACCUACAUUGCUCCCUGGCAGAUCACGUGGGGAUCUGCUUUCCAUGCUUUUGCCCAGCCCUUUGCUGUGCCGCAUUCUGCAAUGUUGUUUGUCCAAGCAGCUGUGUCAGCUUUUUUCUCCACUCCACUGAAUCCUUUUCUGGGAAGUGCAAUAUUCAUCACUUCAUAUGCCAGACCUGUCAAAUUCUGGGAAAGGGACUACAACACAAAGCGCGUGGAUCAUUCAAAUACAAGACUGGCUUCCCAGCUUGAUAGAAAUCCAGGUUCGGAUGAUAACAACCUGAACUCAAUUUUCUAUGAACAUUUAACCCGUUCCCUUCAGCACAGCUUAUGUGGAGACUUGUUGUUGGGUCGGUGGGGAAACUAUAGUACUGGGGACUGCUUCAUCCUAGCCUCCGACUACCUCAAUGCGCUUGUACACCUUAUAGAGAUAGGAAAUGGCCUGGUCACCUUUCAGCUGAGGGGGCUUGAAUUCAGAGGAACUUAUUGCCAGCAACGAGAAGUAGAGGCCAUCACUGAAGGUGUAGAGGAAGAUGAAGGUUUUUGUUGCUGUGAACCAGGCCACCUUCCUCACAUGCUUUCCUUUAAUGCUGCCUUUGGUCAGCGUUGGCUGGCUUGGGAAGUACUUGUGACGAAGUAUGUUCUGGAGGGCUAUAGUAUCACUGAUAACAGUGCAGCUUCCAUGCUUCAAGUCUUUGAUCUGCGAAAAAUUCUCACCACUUACUAUGUGAAGGGAAUCAUCUAUUAUGUCACAACGUCCCCUAAGCUAGAGGAGUGGUUAGCUAAUGAGACAAUGCAGGAAGGACUGCGGUUGUGUACAGACCGCAAUUACGUUGAUGUAGACCCAACGUUUAAUCCCAAUAUUGAUGAGGAUUAUGACCACCGUCUAGCCGGGAUCUCGAGAGAGAGUUUCUGCGUGAUUUAUCUGAACUGGAUAGAGUAUUGCUGCUCUCGAAGAGAAAAGCCCCUGGAUUCAAGUAAAGACUCAUCCCUGGUGACACUGUGUUAUGGGCUAUGUGUUCUGGGGCGGAGAGCCUUGGGGACAGCUUCCCAUCAUAUGUCCAGUAAUCUGGAAUCCUUCUUGUAUGGCCUGCAUGCCUUAUUUAAGGGUGACUUCCGUAUAUCUUCAAUUAGAGAUGAGUGGAUCUUUGCUGACAUGGAAUUGCUAAGGAAAGUGGUGGUUCCUGGAAUACGUAUGUCACUUAAACUGCAUCAGGAUCAUUUCACUUCUCCAGAUGAAUACGAUGAUCCUUCUGUCCUCUAUGAAGCCAUAACAACCCAUGAAGAAAAUCUAGUUAUAGCACAUGAAGGGGAUCCUGCUUGGCGGAGUGCUGUUCUUUCCAAUUCUCCCUCCCUCCUUGCUCUACGUCAUGUGAUGGAUGAUGGUACCAAUGAAUAUAAAAUCAUCAUGCUGAACAAACGCUAUCUCAGUUUCAGGGUUAUUAAGGUGAAUAAAGAGUGUGUGCGUGGCCUGUGGGCAGGACAACAGCAGGAGCUUGUCUUUCUACGUAAUCGUAAUCCAGAAAGAGGAAGUAUCCAAAAUGCAAAACAAGCAUUAAGGAACAUGAUCAACUCCUCUUGCGACCAGCCAAUUGGAUACCCAAUCUAUGUCUCACCUUUGACUACUUCCUAUUCGGAUAGUCACGAACAGCUUAGGGAGAUUCUUGGUGGAGCUAUCAGUUUAGGAAAUAUCAGAAACUUCAUAGUCUCUACAUGGCACAGACUAAGGAAAGGUUGUGGAGCUGGCUGCAAUAGUGGUGGAAAUAUUGAAGACUCAGAUGCUGGAGGUGGGGCUUCUUGCACAAGUAACAAUGCAACUAUCAAUGAGUCGCAGAGCAGCAUGUCGCAAGGAGGAGGGAAUGCAACUACAGGGCAGGGACCUGGAGCAGUACAGCACCCUCCUGUCACAACUCAUCCCACAACUCAUUCUGCAGCUCAUCCUCCAACUCACCCCUCAACUCUGGGCACCAGUCACAGCUCUCACUCUGUGCAGUCAAGCCUUGUCAGACAUUCCCCUGCCCGUGCCUCAGUAGCUAGCCAUUCAUCUUAUUGCUACGGCAGUCGUCAUUCAUCUCUUCGCACAUCCACAACAGGCUUUGUGCCUUGUCGGCGCUCUUCCACCAGUCAGAUAUCCCUUCGUAACCUCCCCUCAUCCAUCCAGUCCCGCCUAUCCAUGGUGAACCAAAUGGAACCUACAGGCCAGACUGGGGUCAGCGUGCAGCAUGGCCUGCCUUCUUCUAGCAGCUCCAGCCAAAGCAUCCCAGCCUGUAAACAGCAUGCCCUUGUGGGCUUUCUAGGGACAGAAGGAGGGAAUAAUGCAACUGAAGGUCAGUCAGGUGGUAACGCAAGCCCUGCAAAUCAAACGCAAGCCAAAAAGGAUGAAGUUAUUUACAGAAUCCAGAUAAUGGACCCUAGUCAAGUACUGGAAGGGAUCAACAUGUCAAAAAGGAAAGAGCUGCAGUGGCCAGAUGAGGUGAUACGGCUAAAAGCUGGAAGAAACAGCUGGAAAGACUGGAGUCCUCAGGAAGGCAUGGAAGGCCAUGUGAUUCACCGCUGGGUGCCUUGCAGCAGAGAUCCAAGUAGUCGGUCCCACAUAGAUAAAACCAUCUUGCUGGUUCAAAUUGAAGAUAAAUACGUUGCUGUUGUUGAAACUGGAGUCCUCGAACUUGGGGCUGAAGUGUGAAUCUCCUUAACAGUUAAACUUCCCCUUCUCCAAGGAUUCAGAAGAGAGGAGGGGCCAGAAGAAGCAGCUCCCAGGGCAUGAAACUUUGGUCUAGUUCUAGGAAAGGACUUGAAACACAGAUUUGUCUAAGCCCUUUCCCCAAAUAAACAAGUGUAAGAAAUUUUAAGUUGUUAGCUGCUGAAGAAACAUUUGCAUGAAGGAUAGAUUUGUUGAGACAUAUCUUCUUGUUUAUAAAUUUUGUUUAUGCAUUGCGUAAUGCUUUAAAAUCGACAAAUUUUUCAGUUCUAAGAUCAGAGCACCUCAUAUUUUUCUAAUUAUUUUGCCAAAAAUUGCCAUGUCUUGUCACUGAGUAUAUGGAAUUUGUUCACCUUAUUUUAGAGAAAUUGGCUAGCCUACAAACUUUUGGUUUGGUGAAACAGUGUAAAAGUUUCAUGUGUGGCAAGAAGAGACUGAACAGAUGUAUAGAUUCUUAUUCCUUAUGAGCUAAAAAGUUAAUGAGAACUGCACUAAUUUUUUUACAGCAAUGCACUAAAAACAACCCUGAGAUUGCCGAAAACAUUUAUUUAUAUAUAUAAAUAUAAAUAUAUAAAAUA